CCAAACGUCUCCUCUUCAUCGACCCAAGUAAAUGUGAUUUGUCUUUUGUUCAAGCCUAGUAUAAUGCCAGGUCUAAAAUGGCCUACAAUAAUAAAGCUGACGGUCAAAUUUUGUACUACUACUAUUUCAUUUAUCUAUAAAAAAAAAAUGAACCCAAAGCUCCAAUUCUAAAGCUAAAGCUGCUACCGUUGCUGCUUCGAGACUUUGAGCUAGGAGAGUAGAGGAGAAAAAGAAUGGUUAUGGAGGAAACUGAGAAGCCAAUAGAGGUUAGAGCUAUGGAAGCUUUGGGAAAAGGCUUUGAUGUAAGUGGGGAUUUCAGGUUGAAAUUCGCUAAAGGAACAAGGUUGGUGGUGCUUGAUGAAACCAAUGAAAGAGACAUUGUAUUGCCAGGUGCUUUUACUAUCAAAGGUGUUUCUCCAGAUAUUCGUCUUGAUAAAGGCGAUCGUAUUCGGUUCAAAUCUGAUGUUCUUGAAUUCAAUCAGAUGUCUGAGUUACUUAAUCAGAAGUCUUCAGUACAAGGAAAAGUUCCUUCAGGCUAUCUUAACAGUAUUUUUGAUUUGACUGGAGACUGGCUUCAUGACGCUACAGACACCAAAAAUCUUGCUUUUGAUGGUUACUUUAUUUCAUUGUAUCAUUUACACCUUACAGCAUCUCCACUUGUACUAAAUGACCGAGUAAAGAAGUCCGUUCCAACUCACUGGGAUCCGGCAGCAUUGUCUAGGUUCAUCCAGACAUAUGGGACACACAUAAUAGUUGGCAUGGCUGUCGGAGGUCAAGAUUUAAUAUGUGUCAGACAGAACUCUUCCUCUACAAUUCCUCCUUCUGAGCUCAGAGGGUAUUUGGAGGACCUUGGAGAUGUUAUGUUUUCAGAUGGGAAAAGCCCUUCAUUACUACAGAGAAAAACAAGAGAUGGCAAACAAAAAGUGCCGGAGGUCUUUCACCGCAUUUUGCAGUCAAACAACUUGCAGUUGGCCAGCAUUUCAGAAACAUCAAGCAAAGAUGGACUCACUGUCAUUUGUUCAAAAAGAGGAGGAAAUGUGUUCUUGCAUAGUCACUCCAACUGGCUUCAGACAGUUCCUGCUAAACCAGAAGCAAUUUUGUUCAAGUUUGUACCAAUUACUUCUCUUCUGACUGGGAUCCCAGGAAGUGGGUAUCUUAGUCAUGCGAUCAACUCGUACCUUCGUUACAAGCCUGUUCCAGAGGAUUUACGGUAUUUCUUGGAGUUUCAAGUUCCGCGACAAUGGGCACCUAUGUUCUGUGAGCUGUCACUUAGGCAUCAAAGGAAAAAAGCUUCUUGCCCUUCCCUGCAAUUCGCUUUCAUGGGUCCUAAGAUACACAUUAACUCUAUGCAGGUUUCAAGUGAUAAAAAACCGGUGGUUGGCCUCCGCUUGUACUUAGAAGGAAAGAAAUGCAACCGAUUGGCGUUACAUGUGCAGCAUCUCUCAAGUCAUCCAAAAAUAAUGACAUUCACAUCAGGCAGACCAUGCCAAUGGCGAGGUUCAGAUGACUAUAACUCCAGUGAUCAAUUUUUAGAGCCAGUCAGGUGGAAGAGAUACUCCAGUGUGUGCACAUCUGUUGUCAAGCAUGAUCCUAACUGGUUGCAAGAAGUUUCAGGUGGUGUUUUUAUCGUCACUGGUGCACAGCUCCUUACCAAAGGGAAUUGGCCGAAGACGGUUUUGCAUCUCCGUCUGCUUUACACGCACAUACCCAACUGCACAAUCCGGAAGACAGGGUGGGCAGCUGCACCUGAAACUUCUCGUAAGGCCAGUUUCCUCGCCAAUCUAAGCACCACUUUCACGUUCACUCAACGGACGGUCACUGGACAACAAAAGCAGGCUCCAACCGCACUUAAUUCAGGUGUGUAUCCUGAUGGUCCACCCACACCAAUUCACUCCAAAAAACUGCUAAAAUAUUUAGAUGUAUCUGAGGUCGUGCGCGGUCCACAUGAUGCUCCAGGACAUUGGUUGGUAACUGCAGCUAAGCUAGUCAAUGAGGGUGGUAAGAUUAGCUUGCAAGUGAAGUUUGCAUUGUUGGACUAUCCAUGAAUUUCAGCUUCUUUUGUACAUACAGAGUGAGAUUGAGAGAAAAAGAGUUGAAUUGAUUUUUCUUACCCAUCCAACCACCUCAGCUGCACCCUAGGUCGCAAAUUGAGCUUAGCCAUUGUUUUGUUUGUUUUUCUGUUUCUUUUUUCAAAUUUUUGAACAGAAGAGACCAUUAACUUCUUUCUGAGAGUUCCAUUUUGUAACAGAGAACAAAUUUAUAGAAGCCUUACCAUUAUUUUGUACAGAUGAAUUUUCCUUUUUUUUUUUUUGCAUUAAUUUAAGGUUACACAAAUAG